GCAUUUAUUUCACUGCAAGUAUCAGUUAGGCAUUUCCUUAUUUGUCUCUUCCGCUUCCCUUUCCUUUAUCUCCGCCAUAAUCUCCUAUAUAUCCCUAAUUUACAGACCCGAGCCCGUCCUUCUAGACACACACCUCUGAACAUGUAAUGCGAUUUCUCCCGUUUCUCUGAAACCCAACAGCCUCAAUACAACGAGGGAUAAGAGAACCCCACCAACAUAGAACUCAUCGAGUGAUCCUUCUCAGCAUAUUGGCGUCGGGUCCUGCGUCUUCGGCUUACGCACAACUACCCGUUGCGAUCAUUAGCAUCCCGCUACACAUUUCCCAUCAUGGCACCGGCAACUACGGCCUCGUGCUUAAGCGAAGAUCCCGAGUCACUCCCCCGCUACUACUUCGCUUAUGGCUCCAACCUCUCCCCGACCCAAAUGAUAGCCCGGUGCCCCGGCUCAGUACCUCUAGGUCUAGCCCACCUUCCGCACGCCUGGUCCUGGCUCAUCAACGGCCGCGGAUACGCCAACGUGAUCCACCCGUCCUACCCGGAUAGCACCUCUCUCCUUGACGGGGUCGGUAUUAUGGGAUUUCCCGACGGGAUGGCAGCCGAAGCCAAGCCCCAAGGGGAGGCCAACCGUGGUGACGACGACACAGGUCACGGCGUCUACGGUGUUCUGUACACGCUGAGUACGGAAGACGAAGCCGAGCUGGAUAUAUACGAGGGCGUUCCGUACGCAUACGAGAAGGUCAUGCUACCAGUUCAGCUUAUUGAUCCUUCACUUCAUUCACAUGCGUCUCAGCCCUCGCAGUACAAGGGGGUCGAGCAAGCGAAGCAGGAGAAUAGUAAAGUGGUUGCACCGACGGUGCUCGCCCUCGUAUACCUUGAUUUCGACCGCGUCGUGCCCGACGCACCGCGCACAGAAUACAUUGCGCGAAUGAACAGGGCCAUUCACGAGGCGCAGCUCUCUUUCGGAUUGCCGGUGGAUUAUGUGCGGCACGUCAUGCGCAAGUUUAUCCCUGAGGGGGAUUGGGAAGGUGCUGGUAUCGCGCCGGAGGAUUGACCCUUGACCCUCCCUUUCUCCUCGCUGUCUCCUUCGCGUUCUCUCAGUGUUUCUGUGGAGAAGAGAGAACAGACGACUAGACGGCAUAAAGAUUUCCAGUUCGUUAUAAGAAGUUUAGAUUCGAUCUACCGAGUCUCCGACGACUUGUUUAUGGGUCCGUCAAAAUGACCGG